GCAACCCCGCCCCCCCUUUCCCUCUAGUGUUGAAAGUUGGUAUCUCUUAUUAGAGCUGCAUCCUGCUACAGCACAUAGAUGCUGAUUCUCCAUCAUCUCUCCUGUCCUCGCACACCCGAAGGAAGGCGGAGUCUGGAACUUUUUUUUUUGUCUGCUCCUGUUUCACAACGGUUUAAACAAAAAAAUAGACUUGUCCUGCAAUUUGAAACUGAAUUUUCUUUAUACAUGUCCUCCAUGAGAAAAAUGCUUAAACAUGUUAAAAAAACCUAAUUUUCAUCAGAUCACAUCUUUAAGUGAAUACCUGAAAUCUUAAUUGUUUCAAAUCAGUUUCUGUAAAAUUUAAAAUGUUUAAAUUUGUAUAUCUAAAGGAAUAAUAUAUCAAAGAAGAGAUUCCACUAUCAAAAUGAUUGUGACAAAUCUAUCAAUAUGUAAAAUUAUUACAUUUUUGUUUCUGAAAACAGUCAUGAACAUUCAGAAUACAUCUUAGGUGUGGUUUGGUCGAUCUUCUGCUGGUUGAUGUGUUACGGCUGCAGUGCUAUUCAUGGACCAAUUCUGUUUGUGUGACUUCAUCAGAUAAGUUGUUUAAUUUAACAUUGAAUUCUCCAAUAAAAUAUGUUUGUUGUGAUGGAGCAGAAAGUAAAUUGCCUGAAACCCAAUGCAAAGUAAUACGGCAUGACUGUCGUGCCUGAUGUCACGUGAGGGCCAAUCUAGUAAUAUAGAUCUAUGUCCACACCUCCACUGAAAGUCAAGAGUUCAAGGUGGGGUCCAGGAGGCACCACAUGCUUUUACUGAGGCAUCUGAUUGGUCAGUUUAUAACUACAAUAGCUUGCAAAAAAGAAAAAAAAAUGUAUAAUAAUAAUAAAAAAGGAGGAUUAUAAAAAAUAUGUUAAGAAAAAGGUAUCAGAUCAAGAAUGGUUAAUGACUGAAUUACAGCUGUUUAUUCCUCUAUAGAAGUCUAUGGGAUUCUGGCUUCUUGGAGCCAGCAGGUACUUCCUGUUUGGAACAAAAAGGGGGGAGGAAUUGCUCAGUCCAGUUGUCUUUUACAGUCCCCUGACCUGAGGCAUCAAACGUGUGCCUGUACCUUUAAGAGAGGCUGCCAGCAAGAAUGGGGGAAGUGGAAGAAAACAAACUUUCGCUUCCUCGUGAACAUUGUAUUUAUACCUUCUAAUGUUCGGAGGAAAGAGGAACCAGCAACCAGAGGGACCGAAGUGCUCUUCAGCAUGAUGGAGGCAACGGAGCAGGAAGACCUCAUUGCUGAUGCCGGGCAGUUCGUAGCGCCCCCUAACGGUGGAAUGAACGAACUGCUGAAUGUGGGGGAAGAGGAUAACAUCCAGGGUCAAAUGGAGGAGUUUUUGGGGCCGCAGACACAGUACAACGAGGAGGAAGAGGAGAGGAAAUACUACAGGAGAAAGAGGCUGGGAGUCAUCAAGAAUGUGGUUGCAGCCAGUUUAGGAGCCAUGAUGGUUUACAGCGUUUACAUGGGCCUGCUGCAGAUGCAGCUCAUCCUCCACUAUGACAUGACCUACAGAGAAGUGAAGUACAGUAACCUCGGCCUGGAGGACAUCGACCGGAAGAUGCUGAUGGGCAUCAAUGUCACUCCCAUCAUUGGCCUCCUGUACACCCCCGUCCUCAUCAGGUUUCUCGGUACCAAAUGGAUGAUGUUCCUGGCCUCCGGGAUCUACGCUCUCUUUGUCUCAACCAAUUACUGGGAGCGUUACUACACACUGGUGCCGUCAGCAGUGGCCAUCGGCGUGGCCAUUGUACCGCUCUGGGCAUCCUUGGGCAAUUACAUCACCAGGAUGGCGCAGCAGUACUACGAGUACGUCAACUACAAGGAGGAGCACGUGCAGGAGCAGAAGAGGCUUCCAAAGGGGGCGUGUCACAGCUACAUCAUCAUCUUCCAGUCCGUCUUCUACCUCAUCUUCAAUCUGAGUUUAGUCUUCGCUGAGCUUCCCAUGCGCCUCGUCCUCAACAGCCACCUGCACGAGAACAAGCACAUCCUCGCCAACGUGAAGAUCUGCGGCGCAGAGAUCAAGGGGAUGAUCCCGGGCUUCAACACCACCGUGCUGACCAACCUUCCCCGCUCCAUGCUGCUCAUCAAGGUGGAGAGCGUCCUCAUGGGCUUCGCCUUCCUCGCCAUGAUUAUUUUCCUGGUGCUGUGUGGUCCUGCCUAUCGCCCGACGGAGGAGAUUGACCUUCGCAGCAUUGGCUGGGGAAACAUCUUCCAGCUGCCCUUCAAACACCUGAGAGACUACCGGCUGCGGCUGCUCUGCCCCUUUUUCAUCUACAGCGGACUGGAAGUGCUGUUCGCCAUCACAGGAUUCUCCCUGUCGUACGGCGUCUGCAUUCUGGGCCUGAAACACCUGUGGCUCCUCAUCGUCGUCUACGGCCUCUCCAGCUCCAUCUUCUCCGCCCUUUCUCUUUUCCUGCUGCGCCUCCCUCGUUGGGUGUGUCUGGUUGGGGGGGCUGCGGUGCAUGCUGUGCUAAUUAUUGCCCUCCUGGCGUUUUCCACCAAACCUGACAGACCAGAGUACUUGGGUCCCCUGCUGGUGAUUUCUGUGCUGUGGGGCCUCGGCACCGCCCUGAACAAGACAGGAGUGAGCACUCUCCUUGGAAUGUUGUAUGCUGAAGAAAAAGAGCGUCUGGACUUCAUCUACACCAUCUAUCACUGGUGGCAGGCCAUCGCCAUCUUCAUCGUCUACCUUUGGUCUGACCUGCCUAUGAGGGCCAAACUCUCCAUCCUGUUGGCCACGUUACUGCUGUCCUGCUACUGCUACUGUGUGAUGGAGCGCCGUGUGGCCAAAAAAGUUCAGCACCGACUGCCUCGCAUUCCUCGUCCACGACACAAAGUGAAAGGCUACCGUUACCUGGAAGAGGACAACUCGGAUGAGUCUGAUUCAGAGAAAAGUGUGGAAGAGGAGAAUGAUGAGAACCUUGAAGAAGAGAUGCCAUCAGCAGAUGGGGAGGAAGAGGAACAGGAUGCUGGGUCAGUGGGGGCUGACUCACCCAGAGUCUGGAGGAGAGGAGCCGGGGGUCAGCAGCACAGAUGGGAAGAUGGCCAUCUCCAGGGGGCAGAGAACGAGGACAAGCAAGUAGUAGAAUAGGAGAGGACGCGACGGGAAGACGAGUCUGGGAACUGCAGGAUGGGAAUGUUAAUUUUUUUAAUUGACUGGACUACAUUUGGCCUUAUUCAUUACCCCUAAAAUAAACAAAAAAAUAAGUACAUUCAUUGGAAGAAUAACAACAUACAAAAUGAAAGGUAUGAUGUUCCAAUGAAUAGUUACAGAAGAAUUUAAAAUAUUCCCAGUGAGGAUUUUACAAAACUUAGAAAAAACUUGGAUAAUGGGAAGCCAGUGUAAUGAAGCUAAAAUAGAGAAAAUGCCACAUUUUUCUGCACUGUGGUUAAGACAUGCACCUGCCUUUUGGACCAGCUGGAGUCGGGCAGUGGCUGAAACGCCAACCCCCACAAAUGAGGAAGUGCAAUAAUCCAGCCUGGUAUACCCAAAGAGGAAGAUCACUGUCUCAAAUGUUUCAGAGGACUGGGUUUCUCUUUCCCCAGCUGCCUUACGUAAAAAAAAGCUCGAACUUACAAUCUUUGACUGUAUAAGAGAACUGGACUGAAUGAGUGCGAUGUCACGCAUCGAGAACCGCUUACCGCCGGCUCCAACCAAUAAAGUCGAUUCAUCCACAGUUUUUUCACAAUACGGAUGUCACCACAUUGGAGCCAGACGACAUCCAUAGACAGUGAUUGGUCCCAGUCAGUCUGAGUCGUCAUUUCUAUGGCAACCACUCUCACCAAUCAGGAUUAAGCUGCAUCCACACCCCUCCCAUUUGAAAGCAGGCUCGGGAGAAUCUGGUACUUCCUAUUUGAAACGUGAGGUCCUCAGUCCAGUUUUUAUACACAGACGAUGUUUGUGACUGAAUUUCUUUUUUACCCUUAAGAUUUCAUGUUCAGAGUCCACCUUCGUGUAAAUUAGAUUCCACGUUUUUGUUCAAAGAACCUAAAUUAGGGAGGGACAAAGAGCUGUAGCCACUUCUGUGUUACUGUUAUUGAGGCGUAAAAAAUUUAAAUUAAUUCACGCCUUUACGUCCAAAAGACAGUUUCAGCAGAUGGACUUUUCUUUAUAUAAUGUGUGACAUUGAUGACGUAGUACCUCUGGGGAAUCUGAAAGAGGAUCCAUCUUUGUUCUCACUUCAAGUUUCACAAAAAAUCCACUUCCUCAACGUGAAACGUAUUUGCUGUCAACAGUAAGAGCUCCAAAUGCAUUUAAAAGUGCUGGAAGGUGUUUGGUUUAAAGCACAAAAACUUCUUGGUGUUUCAUUUCUAUUCUUAGGUGGACAUUAAAGUGUCUUUGAGAUGAUGUUGAAAUAAAAAAAGACAUGGAACUCUUUUUGGAGACCAGUGAUGUGGUCUAGUUUCACUGUUGAUGAUUCUUAGAAACUCAAAGACAACUGAUGGUGGAUGGAAAAAUGGAAAAAUCUUUGGUUUUCCUGUUUUCUGCAAAUAAUAGUUUUUUGCACUUCAGCUAAAAAUGACUUAAGUUCAAAAGAAAUGUAGAAGAAUUCAGAAUUUUCUCCUUUAGUUUUGUUUUGAGCUUUAGUUCAACUGAGCAAAUAGUAGUAAUAGUAAUAGUAAUAAUAGUAGUAGCCAGAAGUACAAAGGUUGUUCUAUUGUAUUAGUUUAUGUACCUUUUUCUGAUGACCCAGAGCACAAAUGAGGCCCAGGGUUUGAAGAAGUGAUUAUGAAUGUAUGCUUCUGUAUCCUGAGACUCGAGUUACAAAGAGUUGCACAAAGUUAAAUCUUUUAAACCUUUCAACUUACAGGAGGCACAUUUUUUGCGGUGCAUUAUCAUCAGUGUUUUAAAAAAUAAAUAUAUUUUAUUCAUGCCUUACACUGCCUUUGUCUAAAAGCUUUGACGUGAUUUAAAAAUUCAAAGUAAAAUCUUGUCAUUGUCCUUACAGAGCUGCCAAACAUGCCGUGUUCAUUCCAACAGUCUGAUUAAGUUUUCGGUGGUUAACUAACUUUUAAACAGUGUCCAGGUUCUCAAAAUAUUAACGCAGAUGUGCGGUCUCAUCAAAAUGUGUCCUUUAGUUGGUUAAAUGGUGGUCUUAAGGAAGUGAUGGGGUACACAGAGAAAUUCGUGCCAUACCUGGAUUGUCCGGUUCUGACCCUCUGACAAUAUGACAUCAGGAUUCCUCUAUUGGGAAUUUUUGGAAGUAUUGGGAGAAGGGUGGAUGCUAGUGAGAGAUUUGGGUUAAAUAAAGCAGAGAUUUGUAUAUUUCAACAUCUCAGGGAAUGAGAGUUAGCGCUCCACUGUUGUAUUUGUAACUCAAAUGGACAGAGAUAUCAAACAGCUAGAGUUACCUCACAGGAAUCUGUCAUCAGAAUGCAUCCUGCUGUUAACUCGCUUUAUGGAUUAUUGGCCAAAUACCUGUGCAGAUUUGGAGAAAUGGUAUAAAAACUGUGAAAGGUGCAUUUGGUUGACAGCUCUGUAUCCAUCCAUCCAUUUCUGAACAUGUUUUAUCCCUUAUGGGGUCAUGUAUGGAGAGAAAUAAGUAUCGCCCCAAUUUAUGAGUGCGUAAUUCCCUAUUAAAUGUAUUAGUGAGGCACUGGUUUUAACUUUUUGGUUCUUCAGCUUGUUUAUUGAGAUUGGGGCAACAUUUUGAAAGUAAUGUGGUGAACACAUCUGUGUAACAUGUCUUCACAUGAAUCCUCACCACCAGCAGGAUGGUAAUGGCCGAUGUGAGCGCUUCGUGAGAUGUCUUGUUGCAGACGCAACCUCCUGUUCUUAGUCACAUUUGUCCAAUCCACAGAUAUGACACGAAUAUGUUGAUGUUUAUAAAAGAACCACGUUUACCCGUGGAUUUUUUUAGUUGGGACUUGAAAGGAAGCCGUUGUUCCUUUAGAUGACGGGCUAGAAGAGCAUCAACAGUCUGUAGCAGUAGCUUGUAAGAAUGUACAGAACAGAUUUGAGAGCGCAAGAACGCUGAGAUUAAAAAUCCUUUAGGUCAUUCACAGGAAAGAAAAAUCACAGAUUUUUAGGAUCCAAACACUUAAUAAAUCAGUUAUCCUUCACCUCCACAGAGAAUUGUGCAUUUCGUCAAGAUGGCUGCUUUUGAUGAGUGCACAAGGAGUUUAGGAAAAUAAAGUGAUGGAAGCAACUAGAUAUGGAAAUGGGGGCAAUCAUGAAAAUAAGCUAAAACUGAGGAAUGAUGAUCUUGGUGUCUCUGAUUGUGUCCAAACGUCUCCAGGUCAUAAUUUCAGAGAGGAAACUGACAUGGCUUAGAUAUAUAUAUAUAUAUUAAACAGAAACAUUUCGGUUACUAUAAGCUGUAAAAAAACUUUUUUUUUUAACCCCACUGUAUAUUAUUGUCAGGUCAACGUAUAGACGGGGUGGGAGGUGAUUGGGCAAAGUCUAUUUCCUCUGAAUGACUUAGUGGUUGCUGGGUUGAUCCAGAUUUUACGAUGAAUAAAGUUUUAGAGUAAAUAUGUUUUUUUUUUCCCCAGAAUAUGUUUUAUUUUUUGCGAUUUAUUGUGGCUAAUGAGCUUUUAUGAAAACUGGUUGCUAAAGAUUUAUAGCCCAGUCGUGUUUGUUUGAUGACGUACCACAAAUGAAAACAUUUUAAAAAGACAUCUGCAGCAUGGAAGGAUUUUUAUAGCAUUUUGAAAUGUUUUCAUGCUGUAAAUGUAUGUUUUUUUUUCUAUCAUGCUCUUGUGCUGCUUACCGUAGCAAGUGAUCACCACUGUAACUGUCAUCUUGUCAACAUCUGAUUCUGUAACUCGUUUGCUGUGAAUCGAUGAAGAUUUCUUUACAUUUUCAAUAAUUUUAAUACUGUCUCUCCAUCUACUUCUACCCUUUACAGCACUUCUAAUUUAUUUUGGACCAAACUGUAAAAUUGCAAAGAAUUCUUUAAGAUAUAUUCAUAUAUAAAGCCAAUAACUAGUCAAUUAUCACUCCCAAUCAAGUAAUAGACAUGUCUUUAGCAGUAAAAAGUAUCAUUAAAAGAACAAGUCAUAAACUCAGAACAUUCAGCAUCUUUUCAGUUUCCUCCUCACUUUCAGAUAAGCAACAAGUGAUUAGUAUUGUGCCUUCAGAAUAAAAGGAUAUAACCAAAUAUAUAUUUUAAAUAUAUUUGUGUCUUUGCAAUUAUCUUUCAAAAAUCUGAUUUGUAGUACUGUAGCUGUAAUACAACUCUGAGACUUCCACAGCGUUUCAGUCCGUAAAAAGACUUUAUGUUCAUAGUCACUUAACAUGUAUGUGACUUACCUUUAAAUCAUGGUGGGGAACGUCACAUGCUUUAGUAUUUUAGAGUCUGGUUUCUCUGUCACGUUCCUCUUGUGUAAAUGUGCUGAUGGGAUGGAAAGCUCUUUGAUUUCUUUUUCCUCUGUGCUGGAACUGAUAUGAAGCCUUCUGCUCCUCAACAGAUGAUGUGGUUGUGUGAAUGUAUUAAGAAUUCAGGAUAUACUGUUCUAUGUUUUUUAAAUAAACCAUAAAUUUAAUUGAGUA